AGUGCGCAGGCGCGGCCUUCGGGUUUCCUCGGCUACAGUCGGCGCUUCGACCCGCUAGUCCGCCGCCGGCUCUUCCGCCGCCCUGCGCCAUGGCGGGCUGCGCGGCGCGGGUUCCGCCGGGCUCCGAGGCGCGUCUCAGCCUCGCUACUUUCCUGCUUGGCGCCUCGGUGCUCGCUCUACCGCUGCUCACGCGCGCCGGCCUGCAGGGCCGCACCGGGCUGGCGCUCUACGUGGCCGGGCUCAAUGCGCUGCUGCUGCUGCUCUACCGGCCGCCGCGCUACCAGGUGCGGGUCGGGUGCGGAGGGACCGGAACCGUGAUCGGGGACGGGCGGGCCGGACGCGUGAACCGAGAUCGGGGACAGAUAGCCAUCCGAGCUUGUUUCCUUGGCUUUGUGUUUGGCUGCGGUGUGCUGCUAAGUUUCAGCCAGUCUUCUUGGAAUCACUUUGGCUGGUACGUGUGCUCGCUGUCAUUAUUCCACUAUUCUGAGUACUUAGUGACAGCUGUCAAUAACCCCAAAAGUCUCUCCUUGGAUUCCUUCCUCCUGAAUCACAGUCUGGAGUACACGGUGGCUGCUCUUUCUUCCUGGAUAGAGUUCACACUUGAAAACAUCUUUUGGCCAGAACUGAAGCAGAUCACCUGGCUCAGCACCACUGGGCUGCUGAUGGUGGUGUUUGGAGAAUGCCUGCGGAAAGCAGCCAUGUUUACAGCUGGCUCCAAUUUCAACCACGUGGUGCAGAGUGAGAAGUCAGACACCCACACUCUGGUGACGAGCGGCGUGUACGCCUGGUUCCGGCAUCCCUCCUAUGUGGGGUGGUUUUACUGGAGUAUCGGAACCCAGGUGAUGCUGUGUAACCCCAUCUGCGGUGUUGUCUACGCCCUGACGGUGUGGCGCUUCUUUCGUGAUCGCACAGAAGAGGAGGAGAUCUCGCUGAUUCACUUCUUUGGGGAGGAAUACUUGGAGUAUAAGAAGCGGGUUCCCACAGGUCUGCCUUUCAUAAAGGGAGUCAAGGUGGAGCUAUGACGGGCAGAGGCCUGCGGGGCCAGGGAAUCUCUGGCCCUGCGCAGCCUAGGACGGAACUGCUUCCAGUUGGCCUCUGCAAAAUGAGUUUCUUAACCAUUUUAUAUGUCACUAAUUACUCCUCAGAAUGUCACCCAAGACCUAACGGUCAGAAGGCCUUAGGACCACAGGGCCCACUACAGCAUUCUCUUGUGCGGAAUGAAGGUAGAACACAGAUAAACAGUGAACAAGGAGCGUGUCACAGCUGUCCCCUCGGUGUUCUUUCUACAGUGGCGGGGUGAGGACCCAAGCCACAGUCUCACACCCCCUCAGGCCAGAGUGUAUUGGCACUGUGACCAGGACAUCGGGAGAGGACAGUGCCCUCUGCAGCACUCAUGCCAGAAUGUGUAGUCAGAGCUGCCUCAUAAUAGCAUUCGAAUUAUAUCAAAACCCUUUAAUUUAACCGAAAACACAACAUAGCUUUAACCUUGUCUGCCCUAAGUGCAUGAGCAUCUGUGUUAACUCCAAAGGCUUUGACACUUUGGCUCAUUAUACGUUUAAUCAUUCUUCCACACCAGUUUCCUAAAAAUAGCAGUGUAGAUUCAGAGGGACACCAAUGCUCCCCGUCUCUGUGUUUCUAAGACCAACAGGCAGCACAGACUCCUCAGAGUGCUCCGGGGCUUUGAGCAACCAUUGCACUGGGCCUGAGGACGCGGGCCCUGGGGUCUCCUGCAGCCCUGGCCUCAGAGAUUGUGUUUCCAGGAAGUAUUUUUCAGGUGCCUGUGCUAAUGUUGAGAAGUACUGCCCUCUGUGUAUUUGGGAUUUUUAUUCAUUUUUAUCAUAACUUGUGUUUUGUAUUUUUUGUGUUGCAGUGUGAGUCUAUUACAUUUGUUUUCUGUGUUCUUUCAAA